ACAAUUAACAGUUUAAUAUGAGAUUCGUAAGAUGUAUAAAUGUAUGUUACUAUUCUCCACAGACGUCCAGCAGCUGUUGGUGGUUGAAGAAGAGGUUCCUUCUGAGCAGCAGGUCUGGAGCUUCAGUCUGGACCAGGAGGACCCUGAGCCCCCCCACAUUAAAGAGGAACAUGAGGAACUCUGGACCAGUCAGGAGGGAGAGCAGCUUCAAGGGCUGGAGGAGGCUGGUCUCAAGUUCUCAUUAACUCCUGUGAAGAGUGAAGCUGAAGAGGAAGCUCAGUCCUCUCAGCUUCAUCAAAGACAAACUGAACCGAUGGAAAUAGAAGCUGAUGUAGAUGAUUGUGGAGGACCAGAACCAGCCAGGAACCCAGAUGCAGAUAGACCUCCAGAUCCUGAUGAAAAAACUGGAGACUCUUCUGAACCAGAUCCUGAUGACUCUGUUGAUUGGAAGAAGACCAGAGAACCUCAAUCAGGUUUAGACUCGUUGACUAAUGAUGAAGUUUCUGUCAGUGAUUCAAAAUGUAGUUCUCAGAAACCUUUCAGCUGCUCAGUCUGUAAAACAUGUUUUUCACACAAUGGAACUUUAAAGAGACACAUGUUAACUCACACAGGAGAGAAACCUUUCAGCUGCUCAGUCUGUAAAACAUCUUUUGCACAGAGCAAUCAGUUAAAGAAUCACAUGUUCACUCACACAGGAGAGAAACCUUUCAGCUGCUCAGUCUGUAAAACAUGUUUUGCACACAAUGGAACUCUAAAGAGUCACAUGUUAACUCACACAGGAGAGAAACCUUUCAGCUGCUCAGUCUGUAAAAGAUGUUUUACACUGAGCAGUCAUUUAAAGAAACACAUGUUAACUCACACAAGAGAGAAACCUUUCAGCUGCUCAGUCUGUAAAAGAUGUUUUACACUGAGCAGUCAUUUAAAGAGACACAUGUUAACUCACACAGGAGAGAAACCUUUCAGCUGCUCAGUCUGUAAAAGUUGUUUUAGACAGAGAGGAACUUUAAAGAGACACAUGUUAUCUCACACAAGAGAGAACUCAUUUUAGUUGUUCUGGUUUUGGUAAAGUUGACAUUUAUUCCACUCCCUCACUUGUCAACAAGACCUUGAGAAACUGGACCUCCCUCGUUUGGGGCAGUGACUCACUUCCAACUGGGAGGACUCUAUCCACUAACCCAGGGGUGGGCAAACUUUUUGACCUGCGGGCCACAAUCGAUUCUAAAAUGUGACAGAGGGGCCGGGCCAGGAGCAUUUGGACACGCAAUGUAAUUUAUUAAACCUGGAGAUUGCGUCUGUUUUUUAUACAUUUCAAUUUAAGGUGCAAAGUUAAAUUAAUCAACAUUUACUGGAAAGAGAUCAAUGCUCACUUUCAACAUUCAAAACAAAUUAUUACCCAACGAAAUACUCAAGCUCAAUAAUUUCUAAUUGUUUUAAAUCCCGCGAAAUAAUGGACGGAUUGUCCUGAGAGAUAGACUGUAUUAAAUAUCCUGCCUGCAGUAGAAACUAGAAAGGGGUCUUUAAAUUGAGGGCGAUGUGCGGCGUCAUCUGGUCAGCAUGUGUAUGAACCCGUCACAAACAGACUGACAGCGCUUUACUCGAGAAAAUAUGACCCUAAAGCUGACACUUGAAGCUCGAUUUUUAAAAAUUAUUCAUAUCUCUUCUGAAAACACACCUUUACUCAUGUGGACGAACUGUUUUGGUGUUUGAAAUUGGUUUACCAAAGGUCAUAGGUUCACAAAAGCAGUGAAAUAUCUGAAUACAAUGCUAGAUACAUGUAAUUGCACCUGUCCAUCCUGGAGAGGGAUCCUCCUGUUCUCUCCUGAAGGGUUCUUCCCUUUUUCCCCCUGAAGGGUUUUUUGGGAGUUGUUCCUGAUCCGAUGUGGUCAAAGGUCAGGGAUGUCUAUGUGUACAGAUUGUAAAGCACUCCGAGACAAAUUUGUAAUUUGUGAAAUUGGGCUCUACAAAUAAACUGAAUUGAAUUAAAUAAAUGAGGAAAACCA